AUGGCCGUUCUGGAGUUGAAGUCGAACAGAUCUACCGUCCACAAGCGCAAGGGUGAGCACCUCAAUUUCAAUGAUUCCCGUGCCGUUAUAGUAGCGCCGUCGAUGGGUCGUUGGGAAGCGUGCCAAUCCAAACUCGCCGCGCUGCGAGAGAGCUUGUCGGCGGAGUCGAAUGACGCAGAGGAUGAUUUAAUCGCAUACUUGACGGAUCUCAAGUCGCGGAAUACGCAAGCAGAAAACAAAAUCAAGCAAACAGAAAAAGAGGCUCUCGAGAUUCAAGCACGUCUGGAUUCACAAACCUCUGAAGCUCUGGCUGCAUGUCACGAAGAAUCCGAGUUUUUGUUUCACCUCCAAUCGGAACUUUCUCAACGCAAAGCCGAUCGCGAUACGCUCGCUCAAGAAUUACAGGAAUACGACGACGAAAUCUAUAGCGUCCGGGACGAAAUUGCCGGAUACAAGCAGGAAAUAUCCCUUCAACUUGAAGACGCCGAAAGCUUGGAAGGAAUGCGAAAGAUCCAGGUUCCGAGAAUGCAACAGCAAAUUUCGCUGUACGCCAUGUGUACGGGCAUUAAGUGGGAUUUUGCGCAAGAACGACGUUUGGCAGGAACGGCAGAUGUGCCUUCCCAGCAAGGACUGAGGCAAUUUUCCAUCGAUCCGGAAGAACAUAGCAGCUUUGAAAUUGCCAAUCAAUUGUGGGAUAUGAUGGAAGGGAAAGAGAGCUCCAAAGAGACUCAUUCUGAGUAA